AUGGCCUCCGACCCAUUCUUGAACGCGCUCAUUGCCCGCCGCACCAUCUACGCCAUCUCUGACGCCUCCCCUAUCCCAGACUCUCGCAUCAUCGAGAUUGUCGAAAAGACCGUUCAGCACACCCCCAGCACAUUCAACGUGCAAUCUGCGCGCGUAGUCAUUCUCCUCGAGGACGAGCACAAGAAAUUCUGGGAUCUUGCGGAUCAAUUCGUCAAGGGCGCCCUGCCAGACGCUGUUUAUCAGUCGCUGGCACCUAGAAUUGCGGGGUUCCGGGCUGGAUACGGUUCCGUCUUGUUCUUUGAAUCCGAAGACGACUUGACUGCUUUGGCAGCCCAGCACGCAGCUGUUGGCCCUUUCAUCACCGAGUGGUCCGACACUUCAUCCGGAAUGCAUCAAUUGGCCGUCUGGACGGCAUUUACCGCGGAAGGCCUCGGCGCCAGUUUGCAGCAUUAUAACUUCUUGCCCCCAUUCACGGAGAAGGUUAAGGAGGAUCAUAACCUUCCCAAGGACUGGAAACUGAAGGCUCAGCUGGUCUUUGGUACGCCCGUUGGCGGUCCUAUGGAUAAGACUAGCAAGCCUCUUGAGGACCGUAUCAAGGUGUUUGGUCAGUAG